AUGAUUCAAGUUCAUGCCGUGGGCGACGGAGCCCCGCACACCGAGAAAGAUGCGGCAUUAGCGGUGGUGAGCGAUGUAGCCCAGGAAAUCGACCCUGCGGUGGAAAAACGAGUCUUGCGAAAGAUCGACCUUUAUCUGAUGCCGGCUAUGCUGAUUGGAUAUGGAAUGGUCUAUUAUGACAAGGCUAUCCUAGGCAGUGCCUCACUCUUCGGCAUGACUUCGGAUUUACAACUAUCUGUCAAAGACUUUUCUACUUCGCCUCCAACUGUCGACACGUCCCGGCUCAGUUGGGCAACGUCGGUCUUUUAUUUUGGAAUGCUGGCGGGUCUUUACCCAAUGACAUUCAUCCUCCAAAGAUUCAACAUCCGAACUGUGCUCGGCCCUGUCGUAUUGAUUUGGGCUAUCGUCUGUGCUGCAACGGCAGGUGUCACCACUUGGCAAGGCCUGUAUGUGCAGCGGUUCUUCCUCGGGUUCAUCGAGAGUGUGAUUCCCACUGGAUUCAUGACCAUUGUCAGUGGAUACUACACGCAGGAAGAGCAAGCUCUGAGACAGGCCUGGUGGUUCUCAGGAACCGGCUGGUUCACCAUCAUCGGAAGUGCCCUGAACUACGGAUUCGGUCAGAUCACAUCAGGUGCUUUGAAAAGAUGGCAAUACAUCUACAUUCUGGCUGGAGCUCUCACUUUCUUGUUCGGCCUGUGGUGCUGUACUAUGCCAAACUCCCCCGUUUCGGCGUGGUUCUUAACUCCGGAAGAGCGCACAGUCGCCGUGGAGAGACUGCGAAAGGGCCAAACUGGAGUGCGAUGCCAGAAGAUCAAGUUCGACCAGAUUAAGGAGUGCGUGACCGAUGUCAAAAUCUAUUUGGUGGCUAUCAUGAUGGCGGCAGCAUACACAAUCAACGGUGCCAUCUCUGGUUUUGGUCCAUUGAUUGUGUCAACCUUCGGCUACGACACGCUUGAUUCGAUUUUGUUCCAAUUCCCCGUGGGAGGCGUUUGCGUCAUUUUCAUUCCACUCUGUGGCUAUAUUUCCACCGUUGUCCCCAACACACGGAUCCCGAUGCUGAUUGCGUGUUGCUUGCCUGUCAUUGCUGGCUGUGUGAUGAUUUGGAAAUCGCAAUGGGGAUACCAUCCCAUCACGCCAGUUGUUGGUUACGCACUGACUGGCUUCUUUGGACCGGUGGUUAGCUUGAUCAUCACAAUCGGUGCUAGUAAUGUUGCCGGAGCUACCAAGAAGACCGUCAUGGCGGCGACUGUCUUUGUGGCCUAUACCGUCGGCAACAUUAUCGGUCCGCAGUUGAUCAAAAGCAAUACCAAGGCACAGCAUUACCCUGAGUUGUGGACUGGUAUGAUUAUUUGUUACUGCAUCACAAUCGCUGCCGCGGUUGUCCUGUACCUCGUUCUUCGACGGGAGAACCGAAUCAGGGAGACAUUGGAGUUGGAUGAAAUGCAGCGAGACAAGAUCGCAUUCGACGAUCUUACCGACAAACAGAAUCCGUUCUUUCGCUAUGCGCUAUAG